GUCACUCCGCACUCCACCUCCGGCAGCGAUGGCGGACAUUCCGAACCGCCGCAAAUCCUGCGGAGCUUGCGUAAAAGGAAAACGACGUUGCGAUGCCAAACUCCCCAAAUGUCAGCGCUGCGCGAAGAAGGGGAUCGACUGUCUGUACCCGGGGAUAAACCCAUCAAUAUCGGACACAAUUAUUCCCGAAUUGGAUUUCCCAUGGCUGGAAGUGCUUCUCCACGCACCUGAAGCUUGGAACGGGCACCUUGCCGAGCAGUCCCAGCGCAUUCGCAACACUCUCGCUCCGGAUACAGAGGUGCUUCCGCUGCCAGACUUCCUACCAUACGAGGGCCCCACGCAGACAUCGCUCGCACAACCAGAGAUGACGUUCGCCGUCCGCGAAUUCAAGACGUUCCCCGAGAAGUGGGUAAAGGAGGGGAAAGCACCAUUCAUCCACCCGCAACUCUUCGCCUCAAACAUGCCACGGUCACUGCAGGACGCGUACUCCGCGUGCGCCAUCUACAGCACCAAGACGGAGCAAAACUCCACCGUGGCAUUCACCGUCAUCGAAUCCAAAGCCAACGAGCUGGUCCGCGUGACUAGAACAGCGAACUGGACGCCGCUGGAGGUCCUAGCGGCCGUGCAGAGUCUCUUGAUCUUCCAAAUCAUCCGGCUUUUCGAUGGCGAUAUCCGCCAGCGCACGCUGGCCGAGGCGGCCGAGCCCGUGCUGGAGCAGUGGACGCAGGACCUGCGCGACCGCACGGAGAAAGAGGUCGUCACGACGACGACGAACGCGGCGUCGUGGCGCGCGUGGCUGUUUGCUGAGAGCGUACGGCGGACCAUCGCCAUGAGCUACACGCUCAAAGGCAUGUACACGCUGGUCAAGAACGGCUACUGCACCAUGGGCGCGGCCAUCACGUCGCUCUCGUUCACGGCGCAGCGGGCGCUGUGGGCGGCGUCGUCGAUGUUCGAGUGGAGCGCGGCCGUCAGAGACAAUAUCCCGUUUUGGUGCCAGAACAUGCAGUUCGAUUCGGUGUUGCGAGAUGGCAAGAGCUGGGACGUCGACGAUUUCGGGAUUGUGAUGAUGGUCAUGUACAAAGGUCGUGACCGGAUCGACGAAUGGCUUCAAAAGGGGAAUGCGGAGAGAAACGCGGUGUUCAAUCCGGAUCUGUUCGCGACCAUGAUAGAGACGAUGCCCGAUGAGGUGCAUCCUGAUAUGUUGCAAUAUGUGUCAACGCUUCCGUAGGCUUUUCAUUUCUUGUUUCCAUUCUCUAAUCUCCUUGAGUUCGGGGUAAUAGACUGGCGUUACUGGAAUCGAUACCAAGCUGUCUUAGUAUGAAGAAUUACCGCAACGAAGAACGAACAUUAGUACAACCUUCUCUGAGAACCCAUGGAACCAUAUCGCUUAUAUAAUUGGAUCACGUGCUUCUCAUUAUCCGACAUGCAAUACAAAAAAAGUUCCCAAG